AUGCGUCUCCUGUUCCUACUUCAGACCAGCCUUGUGACAGUUGUGCUGAGCAUGAAGUGCCCGGGCUCUCCAUCUUUCAUGCACGCAUCGGCUGAGGUAGUGGCUGUGGCAGAUGCGAGCUGCACGGAUGUCCAGCAAGAGAUGCUGGCAAGAGUGCAAUCACCUUCCUGGAAAGACCCACACAAUGCAGGAACCUACAAGAUUCUGCCAAGCAAGUCCAGCAGUCAGCUGGCAUUUUCGCGCCUCACAGGCGACAAGAAAUACACGGACAAGAUGACCAUCACUCUUGCGGACACCAGUGGAAAGUGCAUGAUUAUGGGAUGUUCUGAGUCCCAAGUGUUCUCGGUUGUCGACUUCUCCACCAACUACUGCAACCUGAGGAACCUAUAUUGCAGCUCAGAGGAUGGUUGCCAGACUGUGAAGCAUGCAUUCAACGUAGUGGAGUCGAAGGUGACGCCAUCUUUAGGUGGCAUCUUCCAGAGGCUGAAAGCUUACGGGGUCCCCUAUGUCUACGGAGUGAAGUCUGGCUUUGGCGGCCUCGCAGACGAACAGAACUGGCUGGAGCUCACCCCGGAAGUGGUCCAGGACAUCCACAACAAAGGUGGCACUGUCCUCGAAAGCGAGCGCGGCAAUGCACGACAUGCUGACAUGGCUGCCAUGCUGCAGACGCGCAGAUGCAAGCAGCUCUUCAUCCUGGGUGGUGACGGUGCACACAAGGGCGCCCUGCAGCUGGCUUCGGCUUUGAAGGCGAUCGACCACGAAUGCGCGUUGGUUGCCGUCCCCAGCACUGUGGACAACGACCUGGCCAUGGUAGACACCAGCUUUGGCUUCGACACUGCUUGUACGGAGGCUCGCGACUGUGUUCAAGCUGCGUACGUCGAGGCCACGUGCAAUGCCAAUUGCAUUGGUUUGGUGAAGCUCCUGGGCUUGGGAAGCGGCUUCCUGGCCAUGAACGCAACCAUGGCAGCUCGAAAUGUCGACUUGUGCCUCCUGCCAGAAAUGGAGAUUGAUUUGGAGAAGGUGCUCGCUCACUGCGAAAGCGUUAUGGCCACCAAGGGCUAUGCAGUCAUCGUCGUGGCGGAUGGUGCCAAGUCAUCGCUCUUCCGACGGGCAGGUGUGGCAGAAGGUGACGUGGGCAUUUGGCUCCGAGACCAGAUCCUCGCCCGCUUCAAGGAGAAGAGCCGUCCCUUGACGAUCAAAUAUAUCGAUCCGACGUAUAUGGUGCGCUCCGUAAAGGCGAACGCUUACGACAGCUCCUAUUGCGCCGCACUGGCGGACCAUGCGGUGCAUGCGGCAAUGGCCGGGUUCACCUGCGUUUCUGUGGUGCGGACCUACAUGCGCUAUGUCUACCUACCGAUCCAUGCGUGCGUGACGCACCCGAAGCGAGUGAAUCCUUUGGGGCGUUGGUUCGGGCGGAUGGCCUUUUCCACUGGACAGCCGCGAUUUGAACCGGACGGCUUUGAAUAUGCCGCAAUGCCGGAUCAAGCCGCAGACUUGAAGAAGAUCUCCACACCCAUGGACAUUGCAGCAAUUCUGCCGUCCAGCUCAGCGAUCAGCCGGCUUGAAUGCGUCAGCCUUUGCGAGAAGUUCCCGUCCAAGAACGUGGACAACCCCAUCAAAGGUGCUCUGGCCGAAAAAUCGUACCGGACCCUGUUCGUGCAGUCAGACUGGUUUACGACACAGUCUUUCGAUCGCUCCGGCGCAGCUGAUUCUGCUCCACGCACCUACCUUCAGUUUCAGCGGGCCGGACCAUCGCGCGACAUCCACUUUGAUCCGAAGGAUACGGAGAUGGCGGCCGCCAUUGUCACUUGUGGUGGCUUGUGCCCAGGCUUGAACAACGUCAUCCGUGAGAUUGUGAUGAUGUGCUUUGCGUAUGGAAUGAAAAAGGUGUACGGCAUCAUUGGUGGCUUCAAAGGCUGUGUUGAAGAUGACAAAUGGGUGGAACUGACUCCGGCCACAGUGGAGAACAUUCACAAGCUUGGUGGCAGCAUCCUCGUUUCCGAUCGUGGAAAUCCACCCCACUCAGAGAUCGCAAAGGUUUUUGGUGCCGAGGACACGGAUUUUCAGACUGUUCAAAUCCGGCUCCGGCCCUCGGGGUUGGGGGCCAGCACAGCCGCAGGACUCUUUUGGGUGCGGGAGACCUGUUUGCAUCUUGGCUCCCAUGGUGAGUUCGGUUCCGCAGACUCGACCGACAAGAUUGUGAGCCACCACAAUGCCGCGUAUUCCAUGCUCCUCCAGGAGAAAGAAACCUUGAGGCAGGAGCUCGAUGAGAUCAGCAGCUUGAAGCACGGCCAGCAGGAGGGCAAAGAUGAGGAGCCUCCGAUGGACAUUGAUUCCAUGAUCCGCGUUGCAGUGCAGGGCGAGGAUGGUCGGAGCCAGCAAAGCCAGCAGGAUGUGGUCUCAACUUGCUCAAAAGUUUCGAACGAGCGCGCGCUACACAACUGGGCCACACUUAUUUACCGGGCAUCCUCAGACUUCAGGCUGGCGAAGAGAAUGCAAAUUCCGUCGGAUCCGGCACUGCAGCUGCACCCACUCUGGCUUGCCAAGCAGCAGACAAAGCAGGCUGGGUUCGCAGCUGCGUCGAACCUGCGACUGAACAUCUCCACCGCGCUGAAGACCGGUGAUCGCCGAACGGACGCCAGCUCAUGCCUCCAGCCCUACAUCAUGAAUCCGUACGGUACCAAACGCCUUGGAUGGGGACUUCUGGGCGUUGUGAUGAUCCUUUGGGACCUAGUCGUGAUCCCUUUGACCGUCUUUGAGCUGGGCGGAUUUGAGGGUGUAGUGGACGCGAUGGGAUAUAUGACCUUUUCCUAUUGGUUCCUGGAUCUUGCAGGGUCUUUCUUGGUGGGCAGUGACAUGGAGGGCACGCUGGAGAUGCGGCCAGGGCCAAUUGCCGUCGGGUAUCUUCGAACGUGGUUCUUUCCGGACCUGCUGAUCAUCAUACUCGACGUGGUGUUGUUCAUAGUGACCUCGAUGGCCAGCGAAAGCGAUGGCGCAGAGGCUGCAGAGACAUUCCGCAUUGCACGCGGCCUCCGACUCAUGCGCUUCAUUCGACUGCUACGACUGCACAAGGCGGCGACGAUUGUCGAUGUCAUUCAGAUGCGCAUGAGGUCUGAGUAUCUCACUCUUCUCGUGAAAAUGCUGCGACAGUCGAUGCUAAUCAUCGUCGUGAACCACUACAUUGCAUGUGCCUGGUUCUCCGUCAGCGACCUCAUCAACCAGGUCAUCUAUGCCUUUGUGGCAUUCUCCUCCUUCGUUAGCGCUGUUACGAAUGCCGCGAACGAGCUUCGUGCCUUCACGCCGCCAGAUUGCUUAUGUGAGAUGCGGAGCUCUCAGCAGGAAGUGCAGAUCCGCCGGUUCUUGGGCGAUCAGAAGGUGUCUUCAGAUCUCUGGUGCCGCAUCCGCAAGUUCUGCCAAGAGGCAAACUCCAGGGCGCGCAUGGUUACGGAGCAGGACAUCGCAGUUUUCAAUGAGAUCCCAGAAAGUCUUCGCAUCGUUCUGCACGAAGAGCUAUACCGGGAUUUCUUCAGGGAGGCCCACAUCUUCAGCGGCUUCCAAGACUUGACGGAGGGCUCCCAAAUCGUGAAGCGGGUCUGCCACUUCUGCUUCGAGGCAGUGCAUGCCAAGCUUGACGUCUUCGUGGAUGGCACCGAAGCAGACAAGGUUUUUGUAUCCCGUUUCCUGACGCUGAAGCCACAGAGCUUUGCGACCGUGGCCGCAAGCGAAGGAGGAAGUUUCUUUGCAUACCUCCGCUCGCUUGGCUUGCUGCUGAUCGGCUACGCUGAGGUUGCGGAGGAGAACAAUACGCGAAUCACGGAUCUCACUCUUGGCGAAAUCCUGAUUCGUGCGUUUGCAAAGAGGCCCAAGCCAGACAGUCGUGCUUGGAUCUUUUUGGCCCACCAGUUCCCUUGCCAGGUCCAGAGCCAAGGGAGAGCACCGGAGGAUGUGAGAAAGCUGCAGAGUGCAGCCUUGCUAGACCCAACCCCCCGCUUUGGGGUGCCGCAAUGUGGUCCGGGAUACGUGGACACAACUGCGGGGAAUGCAUAUUAUCCUUGGUCUUGUGCUGGCUCUUGCGCCGGUGGGAUCUUCUGGGCCACGAAAGAUUGCAACUGUGCCUGCGCGAGGCAGGAGCGUUCGCCGAGUCCGAGUCCGCCAAGCGGAGGUUCCGGCAGCUCCAACCCGGUCGGACCGGUCACUACCCAGCGCCCGCGAACGACAUCGCACUACAUUGCUGUGCCUGCUGUGCAAGAAGACCCGCCCAGCUACAAAAACAUCGUCCCAUCACCAAGCACCACCAAAGCCCCAGCAGCCAAGGAGGCAUCAGGGUCUGUUGAGGGGGGCCGAGGGGGAAACGGUGCUGUCGUCGCUGCAACCGUGGUGUCCGUCGGUCUGCUCGUGUGUGGAGUCGCCGCGUGCAUCUGGAUAAGCACGGUGCCUCAGAAGUCAAUGCCACACCUGCACGUUGCUGAAGUUCCGGCGGUAACAGUCCAUGCGCCGGCUGAGCAUUGCCCGCAGCCAGUUGAUGCGGGAAAGCCACCGAGGCCACGUACAAGCAGCAAGAUGUCGACAGAUUCGCAGGUGUCAGACCGAUCCUUGAUCUCCGGAUCCCGGAUCAGCAGCCGCACGAGCUGCCCUUCGGAGCAAUCGCAAAACUCGGGUCAGUUCACGAAGACUUGGGAGGGACCAACUGCAAGCACCACCUCCAGUGCAUUGCGACCUACGAUCGUGAAUGCGACGCUUUGGGCUCAUCGUGUAGAUGCAGCAGACACUCCAGGGCAGUUGGCAGCUGAGGGCUCACGAGGCUCUUCCAAGCUGUCAAGAGUUGAGCCGGAGAACGGCUCCAGCUCUCGUCUGAAGGCAGUGCUGGUAAGGGCUGUUGGCUUUGCCAACCUGAACAAUGACGAUGCGAACAAGUCCGUGAGGAUCACUAGCCUCUCCAGCCUCUCUCCGGACGUGGCUCGGAAGGGCGGCGGGCCAUCUGUGCAGGUAAUGCAGAGACGCAACAUUCGACAGUACUAUGUUCUGGGAGGCGACGGAACCCACAAGGGCGCCAUGCAGUCCUUCAAGUCAAUGACAGAGAUCGGCCAUAAGUGUGCCGUUGUGGGCGUCCCGAAGACGAUUGACAACGAUAUCACCCUUGUGGACCGCACCUUUGGUUUCGACACAGCUUGCACGGAGGCUCGUAAAGCAAUCGAUUCGGCCUAUAUUGAAGCGACCACCAAUGCCAACUGCAUCGGCCUGGUGAAGCUGAUGGGUCGUCACUGUGGCUGGAUUGCCUCCACCGCCACCAUUGCUGCGCGAAACGUUGACAUCUGUCUUAUCCCGGAGAUGAACAUCUCCCUGCCGAAGGUGAUGGACUAUGUUGCGGAGGUGAUGCGGCGUCAGAAGUAUGCGGUCAUUGUCGUGGCAGAAGGUUGCGGGGACACGCUUAUCACGAGUGAUGGUGGGAAGGAUGCCGGCGGCAACAAGGUCCUCGCAGACAUAGGUCCUUUCUUGAAGGAUGCCAUUACCAAGCACCUGAAGAGCAUUGACAUUCCAGUCAGCAUCAAGUACAUCGACCCGACGUACAUGAUUCGGGCGGUGCCGGCGAAUGCCUUCGACAGUAUCUACUGCUCAGUUUUGGCUCAGAUGGCGGUGCAUGCAGCAAUGGCCGGUUACACCGGCAUAAGCGUGGGCAAAGUGGAUGAACGAUAUGUGAUGCUCCCGAUCCACUCAAUCGUCGACAAAGGAGCGCGAAAGGUGGACCUGCAAAGCAGAGUCUUCGAGCGCAUGUUGGACACCACUGGACAGCCCAGCUUGGCACCAUGA